UGCAGACCAAAUCGUCAACGUGUUUGGGUCCGAAAGUCUCAAUCUCAAAAGGCCCUCUCUCUCUCUCUCUCUCUCUUCCGAACAGCCCAAACCAUCCCCCCUGGUGGAAGGUUGUAAUUUGGGGCAAAACCAAAAUUGAGGACAAUUUCUUUUCAAUUGUAGUUGUUUCACCUAAUCCCUGACACUCUUGCCCCGAAGAACGCCUCAUCCGUGAAGUUCUUUGUAAUUCCCCCCAUCAUGGCUGUAGCUUCUGAUCAGGCCACAAGCAUCUGCAGCCACUGUGACAGAGCUAUUCCUUCUUCAAAUAUUGAUCUGCAUUAUGCCCACUGUUCCCGGAAUCUAGAAAAGUGUAAAGUUUGUGGUGAUAUGGUUCCUCGAAAAUAUGCGGAGGAGCAUUUCUUAAGCACUCAUGCUCCGGUAUCCUGUUCACUUUGUAGUGAGACAAUGGAACGGGAAGUUUUAGCUGUUCAUAAAGGUGAAAAUUGCCCGCAAAGAAUUGUGACAUGUGACUAUUGUGAGUUCCCUCUGCCUGCAAUUGAUCUGUUUGAGCAUCAGGAAGUAUGUGGGAACCGGACAGAAUUAUGUCAUCUUUGCAGCAGAUAUAUUAGACUGCGCGAACGAAAUGAUCAUGAAAGCAGGUGCAAUGGUGUCCAAGAUCAUUCUGCUGAAUCUUCCAGGAGCACGCGGCCAGCCGAGAGAGAGAUUCGUGCCCCGAGACGGGAGCCGCACGAGUUUUCGCGGAGAAGGCUCCUCUUCACCAUUGCAGUAACAGGCAUUGCCAUUCUGUUGGGUUCACUCUUCUUCCAGAGGAAAACGGAGAGCAACCUAGCGCACUAGCAUGCAUGCUGCUGAGAAAACACAGAUGACUGUUCUCAUUUUGAUCUCUAAAUUCAUUUCAUCUUCCUUUGGAUUUUACUAAUAUUUGAACAUACCGCUAAGACAUGCUACUGAACUGCUAGUAAUCAUCUCGGCUUACUCUCUGGAUAGUUUUUAUGCAUUUCCAGUUCUCCUUUUGUGUAUGUAUGAGCUCCACCAUUUCUCAGUAGAGAAGCCAAAAAAAAAAAAAAAAAGGAAGGAAAUGGUGGCAAUCCCUAAUAUUUUAUUGCAGUAAAUAUGGUCUCUUUUGAAUUUA